GCCGCGUAGUGUCAAUUCCUGUGCUGUGUUCAGAACAACAUGAUUUGGAGUGGAAAAUGGCGAUGGCAAUUCUCACUGCUAGGCCUAACUCACAUAUUUUUGAAGAGAGAAAAGUUUUGCUAACAGAAACAGCUAAAGUCGGACGUUCUGUAGCAAAAAAUAGACCAGCUCCAAACAACUGUAUCUUCGACUGUAAGGUUCUUUCGAGAAACCAUGCUAUCCUUUGGUUCCAAGAUGGAAAGUUUUUCCUUCAAGACACCAAAAGUAGUAAUGGGACUUAUGUAAAUAAUGUACGGCUAAGCAAGGGGUCUGAGGAAAGUGAACCAAGGGAGCUGAGAUCUGGGGAUAUAGUCCAAUUUGGAGUCGAUGUUGUAGAGAAUUCAAAAAAAGUUACUCAUGGCUGUAUCAUUGCAAACGUUACUUUGUUUCUUCCUGAUGGACAAGAAGCAAUAAGAAGCAGUUCAACUAAGGGAUCAUCAGUUAGUGAAGGAGGCCUGCAGGUACAAGAACUAUGGCAACUCUCGCAAUAUUUACAAGAUGCAUUGUACAGAGAAGAAAUGCUGGAAACAAAGCUAGCGGCACUACAGAGGCUAAUUGGCAACUCCCAGAUUAUUCUGGAUGAAAAUGCACAGAAAUUUGCUCAAGAAGACAAGCUUCUCUCUAGAUUGGAGACUUUAGAAAGUCAAGUAGAAGCACUUACUAGGAAUUUAAGUGAGGAAGACAUCAAAAGGCAGUUACUCAACCUACAAGAAGACAGACAUACAUAUGAGAUGAGGGCAAAGGAAUCCUUGAAGCGAAUCUUGCAAGAGAAACUUGAAGCUGUGCAGAAACUAGCAGAAGCAGAGCGCACCUGUAGUAAUACAGAAGAUGAAUGUCUUCACUUCAAGAGUUUGUAUGAGAGGUCCCAAGAGGAAAUGAGGGAUCUUAGUAACAGGCAUUCUGAGAGGUUAAAGGAGAUGAAAACAUUACAACAACAGGUUGAAGAGGCAGAGAGCCGUCAUGCAGCAGCUGAUGAGAAGAACUGGGAUGAAAUCAUUGCUUUCUACAUCAGUAAUGCAUCUCAGGAGAGAAGUGACAUUGAAAGCAGGCUUGAGGAUGCACGCUGUCAGGAGGCCAUGCUUGCAGCAAGGGCUGAAUCUUUACAAGCCGAAUGUGAUUUUACCAAGCAACAACUCUCCGCUAUGAAAGCCCAUUUGGCCAAGACAAGGGAACACGCCACGAACCCAGCAAAAAGUCAGUCGGACACAACUAUGUUAAACAACACAGAUGGGGAUGAAGUCCGUGAGGUCUCGUCUGACAUCUCUGCCGUCAGGGUGCCGCAUCUCGCCAGUGAACCGUUGCUGUCACCGUGUAACACCAUCGAUCAAGUGCCCUCCAACCCUGCGCCUAUAGCUAGCCAGCCAGAGCUAUUCCACGCUAACGGUGAGAUUGAAGAUAGACCUGAAGUUGAUUUUAGCAGCACAGAUGACGUCAAGCUUUUACAAGCCAACCUUGUUAAACUCGAAGACGAUGUGGUGCAUAAGGAAAGGUUACUCUCGUCACUUGAAGUUAAACUCCAACAGACGAGGAAUUCACUUGUGGAAUCACAAGAAGAAGUCUGUUCAUUGAAAGAUAUUUUGUCAUCAACCGAGCACCAAUUACAAGAAGACAAAACAAAGAUUAGAGAAUUAGAAGAACAAGUCAUGGAAUAUUACUUGAAAUCUAUCGAUCAGCUCGCAGGGGAUGAUAGUGCCACUGAAGAAGUUGAUGGCGAAGAGUCUGUAAAACCUAGAACACAAAGUUUCCAUGAUAGAUUCCAAGAACUAUUCGAUAAAAUUUUCCACGUUAAAGCUCUUGUAAAAGAAAGAAGAAACUUACUACUGCAAUGGGCUGAGUCGGACGAAGACAGACAACACGUAGUCGCAGAACUCAUGGCUAACUCUGAAAGCCAGUCACAUGACGAGACGAUACUUGAACGUGAAGGGAGCAAGGAAGCGGAGGUCUUUAUGUCAAAUGGAUUAAAAAACCUCAAAGAUAUUGAAGAUUAUGUAGCAGAUAUUGAAAAAUUAAUCGACUCCGAGCAUGAAGGGGGUCUUCAGCUUAAAGAGGAGUUACGAAAUGCACAGGCGUACACCAAAGAGUUCAAGCAACAAGUCUUAGAUUUACGAGACAAAAUUCUCGAAGAACAGGAACAGUCGCGCAAAAAGGAGGAAUAUGCCGCAAACUUGAAACGUCAAGUUGGCGAGCUGACCCAUGAGCGAGAUCUUCUCAAAGUUGAGAGAACUGGUGAUCUUCAUUCAGUGGUAUCAGCGCAAAGUUCUGCCCGGGAGAUGCAGAGACAAGCGGCUAAGAGUGCAGAGGAGGCGGGCAAGUAUAAAGUCGAGCUGAGUGCCCUUGGGGAGGAUAAUACCACGUUGAGACAGAGAAUACAAACCCUCGAAAGCGAGUUAAAAAGAUACCGGCGAGAAAAUAACCGUUUGUCCGUGGACCACACAAAUCUACAGAUGUCCCUUAAGAAACUGGAGGAUGAAAAUCGCGAAGAGCACGAUAGACAUGUUAAACAGAAGCUUUCCUUGGAAGGUAAAGUGGAGCACGAAGCCAAAGCGAGGAGGGACUCCACAGAUAAGGCCAUCGAGUUAGAGGAUCGUCUUUGGCUCGCGGAGAAGGCACUGAAGGAGAAGGAAGAGGAGUCAACGCGCACAAUUACCCAAGCACAACAGAGCAUCACCCAGCUGAGGAAUAUGCUGGUCUCCGUCCUGAUCGCUGUUCUCGCUAUGACUCUUGCAUACGCGUUGGGUUUAAUCUCGAUCUCUGCUGGUGGGAAAAAGUCUGCAUCCAACUCUCCUUCCUAACGUCUUUAGUCGCACGGCCUUCUUAACGUACUUAUGGUACUUGCAUGCUUCGUGACAAUAUAUUUACUACUAUCAUUCCUCUGGGCCUAAUUACACGUUUUUAAAAUAUGAAGUAUGGUUGUUUUGUUGGAUGCGUCAUUUUGUCGGCGUGGCGUCCAUGGUGUGUGUUAUUUUUGUAGGUGUUUCUUCUGCUUGGAAUCCUUGCUUUGUGUAAUACUUGCAUUUUCAGUUAAAUAAUUUUUCUACUUUGAAUAAAUGUAUUGAAACUAUA